AUGGCUCAAAGCAGGCAUUGGGUCCAUACAUGGGCCGCGAUGCCGAUGCGCGCCGAAGCAGAUAAAUUGCCACCGAGAAUAUUCGUUAGUCUCUUCCUAGGCGUCCAAGAUCGUUUGGAAGAUAAAUUGAUUAAUCAACGCCUCAAGAUCCGGAACAAGGCAGUAUUUCACAAUACAACAAUUCGACAAACUGUGAAAAUCACCCUCGGCACUGAAAAUUACUUUCGUCUCCGAUUAUCCAACGCGUUUGGCAGCGACGAUUUGAAUAUCGACCGGAUAACAGUGGCCCUAGCACACGAUAAUUUAUCUGGCGGCAGCAAAAUCGAAACAAACACUCUGAGAAACGUUACAUUUGACGAUGGGUCCAUGACGACCAAAAUUCCGGGUGGAGCGCAAGCUGUCUCCGAUCCCAUCGAGUUCGGACUUCCCCUGCCGACAAACACAGUACUCACCAUUAGUCUUUUCUUGGAAAAUGGACAAGACAGUCAAACUGGAAUCACGUCGCAUCCUGGAAGCCGAACAACUUCAUUUUGCAGUUUAGGAAAUUGUGUUUCGGAAACCGAUUUGACUGAUUCUUCUGUCCAGCCAAUAGAGCAUUGGUUCUAUAUCUCUGGAAUUGAAGUUCUGGCCCCGCGUGAUUCGUGCGCAUUCGCUGUUAUUGGGGAUAGCAUCACGGAUGGAAGAUGCAGCACAACUGAUGGCAACGACCGCUGGCCUGAUCUCCUAUUCUCCCGUCUCCAGUCAGAUCCCGUCACUGCGUCUAUCUCCAUACUAAAUCAAGCUGCAGGGGGCAACCGCAUCCUCGCAGAUGGCAUAGGCCCCAACGUUCUCAGCCGACUUGAUCGCGACAUAUUGGCCCAUUCGGGUGUGGAAUAUGUCCUGAUUUUCGAAGGGGUGAAUGAUAUUGGAACCGCUGAAGCCAAUGAACAAAGUCAAUCCACAAUUGGCGAUCAAAUAAUUGCCGGAUAUAGACAGAUCGUGACCAGGGUACACGCACGUGGGAUUCCUAUCUUCGCUGCGACAAUUACACCAUUUGGAAGAAGAAAAGGCGAGAUAGUGGUUGAUGCGGAGGCCGAAGGCCUCACGGGGUAUUCGCAUCCAAUCAGGGACCGGACAAGACAGAGGGUCAAUGAUUGGAUUCGACUGAGUGGUGUUUUUGACGCCGUCAUUGAUUUUGAUCGAGUUUUGAGGGAUGAUAAUGACUCUGCAGUGCUAAAAAAAGAGUUUGAUUCGGGCGAUCGUUUGCACCCCAACAAACAAGCCUUCCACGCGUUGGCGGAGGCUUUCCCAGUAGAUAUCUUUGAGAGAUUCCGAGCUUUUUGA